AUGCAACAAGUUGACUUAAAAAAAUCACAAAAUGGAAACGUUAUUGAUUCGUACCUGGGUAUAUUACAAUAUACUACAUCCAAUGACCUUGAAAUGUACCCAGUACGAAUCAAGGAGGGUACUGAUCAAGGGGG